GCGGGGUCCUGAAAUGAUAAUGGGGGUCCAAAGAGCAGGAGACACAGCGCCCGACGCCAACAACCGCUGCGUUUAGCUGCGGCUCAGUAACCAAUCAGCUAAUCCACCCCGUCACUCAGCCUGUCAGCCCAAUGACGUAGAUCUAGCGCAAGCAUGUGCCGGGCUGCCGGGUACUUGGUACUGUCAUGAUGAGCCUCCAGUGAAGCUCCUAACCUGAGGUAGCUGCGGAACCUUGUUGCCAGCUAAUAUAAGCGACAGGAAAGCGAGCCAGAUAUAACAUAUGUAUGCUGAUCGCCCAGACUCGGCAGCAUCCUAUUUGCGUAUUUAGUCCAUCAUCCAGUGACCUCUCACCCAACCACAUACACACAUAUACACACACACACCAUGGAUAGCGUAUCAGCAUACAGCUUCUCGAGCCUCGGCUGGAAUGCCCUCCAGGGGAUUCCACUGAUCAUCUGGCCGCAGGCGAUCAAUGGCCUGCUCGCCAUUGACAGCGAGACGGUGGGCGUGCGCCCGCUCAGCGACGUCGACAACUACUUUGCCCGCUCCCUGGGCAUCGCGUUGCUGGCACUCGGGGCCGCCACGGUCGUGCUGACGGGCGCGCUGCCAUUGACCAGCAUGGUCGAGACGACGACCGAAGGCAUGUCGCCCUACGCCUCGGCGGUGCUGCUGAUCACGACGCUGCACCACGGCGCCGCCGCCUUCUACUGCUGGGCCAGGUACAACGGGACGUCGCAGACGGGCUACCUGCUGGGGUUCGUCGGCAGCGUCGCCCUGGCGGCGUUCGGCACCCUGACCUUGGUCUUCGCCAGCGAGAAGCCGAGGCUCUCGAGACGCACCGGCGCGGACAAGCGCACGAGCGGGUGGCCGUUCCCCAACGCCGAGGCCGACAAGAGGAAGGCGAGGAAGGGCUUGUGAAAAAAAGAUACAAAACAAGAAACAAGAAGGAUAUCAUUUUCGAACCCCAAAGAGUCGCCGAUUGGAAACGUCACAGCUUGUGUUCAAAGCGUAAACAGGUAGUCCGGGUUCAGAGACAACGGAACUAGUACUGCACUAUAGCCUUGUGUAACAUCACAAUAUGAUCAUGAGGUUUUAACCUAUUAUAUAUGACUUGUUUGAGCUCUGGGGCCGAACGACUGCCCCGUGCAAUAUUGCUACU